AUGUCCAACAGAAGCUCCAUCACUGAGUUCAUCCUCCUGGCAUUCGCAGAUACAAGGGAGCUGCAGCUCUUGCACUUCUUCCUCUUCCUGGGCAUCUACCUGGCUGCCCUCCUGGGCAAUGGCCUCAUCAUCACCGCCAUAGCCUGUGACCACCACCUCCACAGCCCCAUGUACUUCUUCCUCCUCAACCUCUCCCUCCUCGACCUGGGCUCCCUCUCCACCACUGUCCCCAAAGCCAUGGCCAAUUCCCUCUGGGACACCAGGGUCAUCUCCUUUGCAGGAUGUGCUGCCCAAGUCUUUCUGUUUGUCUUUUUCAUGUCAGCAGAACUGUAUCUUCUCACUGUCAUGUCUUAUGACCGCUACAUUGCCAUCUGCAAACUACAGCUCUCCAAUGCAGCCAUCAUUGCGGAUGCAGACACCAUCGUGGAUAACAUUGCCAAUGCUGGUGCAGAUGCCACUGGAGUUGGAAAUACAGUUUCAGAUGCAAUUGCUGAUGGAGAUGCUAUUGAAGAUGCUGAUGCCAUUGCAGUUACUACAUGGCCAGAAAUUAAGCGAACUUGUGCUUAUGAGGCAAAGACACUUGCUAAAGUAGACACACAUCUUGUUGACUCCACACAGCUAUAG